AUGUACGGACGCCGGAUUGUAUUUAUCGUCACUGGCACGGUCUUCAUGUUCUUCCACCUCGGCGGCGCGCUUGGCCACAAUGCGGCAACGAUCCUUGCCACACGACUUCUAGCGGGUAUUUUUGGCUCAGCGCCGCUAACCAACGCGGGCGGCGCAGUAAGCGACAUCUGGAUCCCGAGGGAACGCGGCUUUGCGGCCUCGCUUUACGGCACGGCGCCAUGGAUGGGCCCAGUGCUCGGGCCCAUCGUCGGCGGUUAUGUGUCGCAGACUCGCCUGGGGUGGAGGUUCCCAUUCUGGAUCAUGUUCAUCAUGGCCGGGCUCACCGCGCUGGCGUACAUCUCCUUCACGCCGGAAACUUUGGCACCCGUCCUUCUUCGCUGGAGGGCGCAAAAUUUCACCAAGGCCAGUGGGGGAAAGACGGUAUACGUGUCCAAACAGGACAUGAACCGUUCUCAGUCCUUAGUUCACAUCCUCAAACGCGAUAUGGGUCGUCCGUUCUAUUUCCUGGUGACGGAACCCAUAGUGUUCCUCAUGGCACUCUACAUUUCCAUAACGUACGCGACGCUGUAUGCGUUCUUCGCCGCGUACCCUAUUGUCUUCCAACGCCAUCGGGGUUUCUCCGAAGGAGAAGGUGGGCUGGCCUUCCUUGGCAUCGGGUUGGGCAACAUUCUCGGCCUAUGUCUCUCGCCGGUCCAGAACAGACUGUACUGGAGGGCUAUGGACCGGAACGAUGGCAAGCCCGUCCCAGAAGGGCGAUUGUACCUAGUCAUGUUGGGAGGAGUGUUGCUGCCCGUCAGCCUCUUCUGGUUUGCAUGGACUAGUGACCCGCCCGUACCAUGGAUAGUCCCCGUUCUGUCUGGCGUCCCCUUUGGACUCUCCUGCGCCGUGAUAAUGCAGGGCUUGGCGCAAUACCUCAUGGACGCGUACUCGAUAUACUGCGCGAGCGCGAUCGCUUCGACUGUAGUGGCCCGAUCGACCAUCGCGGCGAUCUUUCCGCUCAUCAGCCCCGCGCUGUACGGGAGCCUCGGGGAUGCCACUGCGUGCAUUCCGAUCCCUUUCUUAUUCUACAGAUACGGGGGCUGGAUCCGGAGCAAGUCGAGAUACGCAUUGCACGACGACACCAUCAUCCGGCCCGAAAAUGAUAUACUCCCAUCACAGCCAUCGGAAGUGGAGGAGAAGGCCGUCGAAGUUAAGGAAAUGAAGGCAUAG